AUGGUCGCAAUCAACACAAUCAAGAAAUCCAACCAAUCAGCCCUACCCCAAUCUCUCCCUCAAAAUCUCACAGCGGUUUUCCUCGGCGCCACAUCUGGUAUUGGCCGCAGCACAAUCAAGCAGCUCGCAAUCGCUACCGAUAGCAAAUCACCAACAAUUUACAUCGUCGGUCGAAGCGCUUCAGCCGCUACACCACUCAUCGCAGAACUUCGACAGAGCAAUCCCUCCGCCACAAUUGAAUUUAUUGAGCGCGAUGUCUCUCUCGUCAAGGAAGCAGAUGCUGCGAUGAAGGAGAUUGCCAAGCGGGAGACCAACAUUGACAUUUUGUUCAUGUCUGUUGGUUUCAUGUCUUUUGAGGGUCGAAAAGAAACCAAGGAAAAGCUGGAGCCCUCUUUGACAACACGUUUCUACAGCCGCGUCAGAGCCAUCCAAGUCCUCCUCCCUCUUCUCAACAACAGCCAAAACCCCCACGUCACCAACAUUCUCGCCGGCGGCCAAGAAGGCCCUCUCAUCGAAGAUGAUCUCGACCUCUCCGAACCAGGCAACUUCGGCGUCGCUUCAGCCGCUCAACAAGCAGCCACCAUGCUCACUCUCACCCUCGAGCGCUUCGCCAAGGAGAACCCCAAGAUCAGCUUCGUGCACGCCUUCCCCGGUCUAACAGCUACACCACUGCUCUCUCGAGGUUCAAGUGGUAUUAUCGGAUUUCUGCUCCAGUGGAUUGUUACGCCGCUUGGAGGGCUGUUCUUUGCUAGUCCUGAGGAUGUUGGCGCGCGGGCGUUAUUUUAUGCGACUAAUGCGAGGUACACUGUUGAGGAGACUGAGAAGGUAGCGACACCGGUCCCUGAGGUGUUGAGUAAGGCGGCUCGAUCUGCUGGUGGUGUGUUUUUGGUCGAUAAUAAGAGUGAGGCUGCGGAUAAUGAGAAGGUCUUGGUUGGGUUGAGGGAGAAGAUGGGUGAUAAGGUCCAGGCCCAUGUAGACUCGAUCUUUGAGCGAGUGGUCCAAGAAUAG